AUGGAGACGGGACCGGGAGUUAGAAAAACUGACGAAGGGGAGUCCCUUGAAAGUGCAGACCUUGGACCUUUGGUUUUUAGUGGCUCUUCAGAAGAGGAUGUGGCUUUAGCCAAGCAGUUCUGGGUCUCAGCGUCCAUGCAUCCACAUCCUGAGUCUCGGUUAGUGUUAAGCAGCACCGAGCAGCGACUGCCAGUAGCCCAAACUUUCAGGCCCUCUUUGCCUGAAAGACAUUUUGACCUUACAUAUUACAAAACUGAACAGUAUAUUGAACAAGAAAGAAAGUUUCGAGAAGCUGAAGAAAAAGAAAAGUACAUCCAAAAGGAAGGCCGAGUUGCAGCCGUUUCAGAGCGGCUUGUGGAAAGCAGAGGAAGUUCAGAGGAAAAGGAAUUGCCUGCCCGGACGUUGCUGCAGUUUUCCAAAAGUGACUGGACUGCGGCUGAACCCGUUUUCUCUGAGGCUACUGCCUGGGAUUUGCGCUAG